AUGCCGGCCCAAUACCACGCACUCUCAACCAACGAUCCCACUGAAACGGAGACUGAUUCACAACUGCAGUCUCAAAUCAAGCAACUCCAUGCAGACCCUCGUUUUAACCGCCCCGCACCUUCCCUCUGGAAGCGCAUUGCACUCCUCCUUGCGGUUGCGUUCCUCUUCUGGCUUGCAUUCCAGUUCCAACCCCGGAGAUCCCAACCUAAGGUCGUCCAUGCUGAAAGAUACUCGAAGGAUUUCAAGUACCGUCCAGCAGCGAGUCCGAUAAUCACAGAGCGGCUCAAAGAUGGUGUCGUCCGCCUUCGCGGGGCAUAUCCCUCGGCGUAA